AUGGCGUGUCAGACAUACAACUCGAUGCCGGAGAACGCGACCGUGGAGCAUCGAUCAAGGCUCUGGAGAAACAUUGUCACGACGGGGUCCAUCACGCCUCCGUGCGAAGACGAGCUCGAAAGCGUCGGCGGGGGUGGUAGCAGCAGCCAUUUCCGCAACAACCCGUUCGGCAAAGGUGCGCCGUACGUGAAGGCACCGGUGCACAUCGACUACGGCACCAACCUCCGGAUCAGGGCGUCGACGUUCAUCAACCGCAACUUCACCGUCAGCGACACGCCGAUCCUCCCCAUCACGAUUGGCGAGCGGUGCCUCAUUGGACCCAACACGUCAGUGUAUGCGGUUAGCCACCCUCUCGACUACCGCGAGCGCGCCGGGCCGCUGGGGGCGCCGAGCCUUGCCAAUCCGGUGACGAUUGAAGAUGACUGCUGGAUUGGCGGCGGUGUGAUCAUCAUGCCUGGUGUGCGCAUUGGAAGAGGCUGUGUGAUCGGCGCUGGCAGCGUAGUGACGAAGGACGUGCCGCCCGAACAUGUCGCGUACGGCAAUCCUGCGCGCGUCAUUCGCAAGGUUACCGACGCCGCCGCCGCCGAAUCAGCGCCCGCUCCGGCCAGGCAGAUCUCAUCCGCCCAUCUGCCUCCCGAUUCCGAUGCAGCACCGCCCGCCAAGAGCGAUCCGCCAACGGCCACAUCCCUGGCCCAGCCCCCAUCGCCCGCCUGCUCCCACUGCUCCCACUGCUCCCGCUGCUCCUGCUCCCCGGCCUCGUCGCCGCUUGCGCUGCUGACGGUGCUGCUCCUGCUCGCCCUGGUUGUUCUGCUGCUGCUGCGCGCCCACACGUAA